AUGCCUCCCAAACCCAAUAAUCCCACUCCCAAAGACAUCGAAGAUACCCUCCAUGCCACAAAUCAACGCAUUGACAACCUCAUUUCUACCCAUGAAAACCUUGAAUCCUCCAUGGAAGCUAAUAACCAAGCUGUAUCCUUACAGCUAGGGCAGAUCCACACGAACCACACUACCUUGGAAUCCACCAUGAACAGCAAUUUUGCUGCUCUUACAGCAUUAAUGACACAGCAAUUUGCAGCAAUCAAUGCUGCUGCUAUACCUACUUUUACCAAUCCUUUUCCUCAUAAUUACACACAACCACCUCCAUUUUUAACUCAGCCUCAAACCUUCCUCCAUACUUCCCUUCCACCGCAUACAGCCGUCACACAACCUCCCUCAAAUGCUACCUAUCCGUACAGCAACCCUACCCCUCACACCGGUCAAUCCCCAUUUUACCCCCCACCAAAUUCGGGUUUUAGACACCCAAAAAUUGAGUUAAAUUACUUUGAUGGUGCUGAUGCUUUAGAGUGGCUUUUUCAGGCUGAGCAAUUCUUUGCCUUCUAUAGCAUACCUUAUGAAAAUCGCUUACCCAUGGCCGCUUUCUAUAUGAAAGGAGAGGCACUUGGAUGGUACAAAUGGAUGUUUCAAAGCAAUGAACUUUCUACAUGGGAUGCUUUUUCAAGGGCCUUGGAGCUGCGUUUCGGACCUUCUACGUACGAAAACCAUCAAGCCCAAUUGUUUAAGCUUAGACAACAUGGGUCAGUUACGGAAUAUCAAGCCAACUUUGAAAAAUUAGGAAAUCGAGUGGUUGGUUUACCACCAGAGGCUAUAUUAAAUUGCUUUAUUUCUGGGUUAAUUCCGGAAAUACGCAAUGAACUAGCAGUGCAGCGACCUCACUCUAUCACUCAUGCAAUUGGCUUAGCAAAACUUAUUGAGGCUAAGCUAAAAGACUCCAAACCCAAGUUCAAAAGCCCAAGUUACUCAAACCCUACUUCUUCCACCUACCCAAAACAGCCCUACAUCCAAUCACCUACAGCAUCCGUUCCUAAACCUACUACGAUGCCUCAACCAACUACUAACCAAUCGGGUCGUUUUCCUAUUCGACGGAUUACUCCUACACAACAAGCUGAACGAAGAGCCCAAGGACUAUGUUUCAACUGUGACGAAAAGUUCAUUCCAGGGCAUAGAUGUGCCAAUGGGAAAUUCUUGUUACUCAUGAUUGAUGAUGACACCCCUACUACUGGCCACGAAGAUAUUCCUGAAUUCACUCAACCCUUGGAUGUUGCAUCAGAAAACUUAGAAUUAGCUGAAACUUAUUUCCAACUUUCCCCCCAGGCUGUAAGUGGGCUAUUUUCACCAAAAACUUUAAAAUUCAAAGGCUUAAUAGAUGGGUUAGUGGUGACUGUCCUAAUCGACACGGGAAGCACUCAUAACAUUCUCCAACCAAGGAUUGCAACCCACCUCAAAAUACCAAAUACACCUAUUCCUAACUUUUCUGUCAUGGUGGGAAAUGGCUCCAAGUUGCAAUGUUCAGGCUUGUGUUCAAAGGUACCUAUAACACUCCAAGAUCAUUUGUUUCUCAUACCUUUUUACCUAAUUCCAAUUGAAGGCGCUGAUGUAGUAUUGGGAAUGGAAUGGCUGCGUACACUCGGUCCAAUUGUUGCGGAUUUCUCCAUUCCUGAAAUCUCGUUCAAUUAUGAAAAUAAAAAUCUUACUAUUCAAGGUGAUACUAACCAAGGACCAACCCCCUCAACCUUCACCCAAUUUUGUCAUCUUUUGCAUACUGAUGCUGUUGCCUCCAUGCACUUGUUAAUUUAUCAACCUACCAAGGAUCCUAACACCACUAACCUUAAUUCUUCGCCCCAUAUCCAACCCAGCCAGAACCCACCAGAAAUUGAUGCCCUCAUUACAUCCUAUCCAACUGUUUUUCAGACCCCCCACGGUUUACCUCCUAGCCGCCCACACGAUCACCACAUUCCUCUUAACCCCAACACCUCCCCAAUCAAUGUUCGCCCCUAUCGCUACCCUCACUCCCAAAAGGAGGCUAUGACUACGCUAAUUCAUGAGAUGCUAUCCGAAGGCAUUAUCAAGCCCAGCACUAGCCCUUUCUCUUCACCUGUCCUUUUAGUCCGAAAAAAAGAUGGUUCGUGGCGAUUUUGUGUUGACUAUCGCGCAUUGAAUGCUGCAACAAUCCGUGACCGAUUUCCCAUCCCAACAGUUGAUGAACUCUUUGAUGAGUUGGGUUCUGCUACUUUGUUUACAAAGAUUGACCUACGGCCAGGCUACCAUCAAAUUAGGGUUGUGCCCGAGGAUACUCAUAAGACGGCAUUUAGAACCUUUGAUGGGCACUAUGAGUUUUUGGUGAUGCCCUUCGGGUUAACUAAUGCUCCUAGUACCUUUCAAUCCGCAAUGAAUGACCUCUUAAGACCUUAUUUGAGACGGUUCGUUUUAGUUUUCUUUGAUGAUAUUUUAAUUUACAGCAAUUCUUAUUCUGAUCAUUUACUCCACCUAACUUUGAUUUUAGAUUUACUUGCUUCAAAUAAGUUUGUUGCAAAACUUUCUAAGUGUGUUUUUGCAGUUCCUAAGGUUGAUUAUCUAGGUCAUGUUAUUUCUUCAAGUGGUGUUACCCCUGAUCCUGACAAAAUUCAAGCAAUUUUAGAUUGGCCAGCGCCACGAUCUCUCACGCAACUCAGGGGAUUUUUGGGCCUCACAGGUUUUUACAGACGUUUUGUCCGCCACUACGCCACACUCGCCGCUCCUCUCACCGAUUUAUUACGUUCUACUAGAUUUACAUGGAAUACAGAAGCUGAAAAUGCUUUUACAAAUUUAAAGAGAAUCAUGACGGCAACCCCGGUGCUAGCUCUUCCGGACUUCAACACGACCUUUGUUGUAGAAACCGAUGCAUCCGCGGUUGCCAUUGGUGCUGUACUUUCACAAUCGGGCCACCCUUUAGCAUUCUUCAGCAAGAAGAUGUGUCAACGACUUCAGGCCUCUUCGGUGUAUGUGCGCGAAAUGUAUGCAAUAUCUGAGGCAGUUAAGAAAUGGCGUCAGUACCUUGUGGGAAGACAUUUUCAUAUUUUUACAGAUCAAAAGAGUCUCAGAAUCUCUGAUGCUUUGAGCCGACGCCAUACAGAAGAGCAAUCCCUCUUGCUGGCAAUCUCUUCUACAGUUCCAACCUUCAUCUCACGACUCCAGCAGUACUACGCUAACAAUAUACAAGGAACAGAUCUCAUUAACAAAUACCAAACAGACGAGAAGAUGAAAUCAGUUUUUCAAUUCAGACAAGGACUGCUUUAUUUUAAGGAUCGAAUUUUCUUACCCGAUGAUCUAGAUUUCAGAGCAGCUAUCCUUAAGGAAUAUCACAGCACACCAUCCGCAGGGCAUUCUGGGGUGAAACCAACUAUGUCACGCAUUUCAGCUACUUUUUCAUGGCCAGGACUUCACAGGGAUGUCAAGAACUAUGUGCGAUGCUGUCAAUCUUGCCAACAAAACAAGUACCUGCCAACAAAAAAACAAGGCCUGUUACAACCUCUUGAAAUACCAAAUCAAGUGUGGGAAGAUUUGUCAAUGGACUUUAUUACUCAUCUUCCUAAGUCUUUCGGCCACACCGUCAUCUGGGUUGUCUGUGACAGACUUUCGAAAUUCACACACUUCAUUGCUCUGCCUCCUAAGUUCUCUGCGGUUGACCUUGCAAGACGCUUCUCUGUUGAGAUAUGUAGACUUCAUGGCAUUCCAAAGACGAUAGUAUCGGACAGAGAUCCACUCUUCUUGAGCACCUUCUGGAAAGAACUCUUCCGCGUGCAGGGAACAACCCUGAAAUACAGUACCGCUUAUCAUCCUGAGACAGACGGCCAAACUGAAGUAGUUAACAGAUGUUUAGAAACCUACCUGCGGUGUUUCACAAGCGAUAAUCCGCGGCAAUGGUUUAAAUUUCUUCACUUAGCCGAGUUUUGGCAUAAUUCCUGCUUACACUCUUCGAUCAGAAUGACGCCGUUCGAAGCUCUCUAUGGCCGCCCUCCACCAUCAGUUAAGGAUUAUGUUCAAGGUUUCUCAACAGUUCCUUCGAUUGAUGCGACCCUACAACAGAGACAGAGUAUCCUUAACAAACUAAAGCUUAAUCUUAAUCGUAGUCAAAGGAUUAUGAAAGAACAAGCAAAUAAAAAACGCAGGGAUUGUACCUUUUCACCGGGUGACCUCGUUUUGCUGCGUUUGCAACCGUACAGACAAACCUCAGUACAACGAAGAACAUCUCAGAAGCUCUCAAAGAGGUUUUAUGGUCCCUUUCCAGUGCUGCGCAAGAUCGGCCCUGUUGCUUACGAGUUGAAGCUACCAUCCUCCUCUAAGAUCCACCCCGUUUUCCAUGUGUCUCAGUUGCGGUUCUUCCAUCAACAUGGCUCACAAAUUACUUCUGUGCCUUUACCAGAGAAUAUUGGCGAAGAAGAUGUUGAGGAUACAGAGGAACUGGGUUUGGAUCCCGGCGAUGCAAGAGUUCAAGGGAUGAACAUGGAAGAAAAUAGUGGUUUGGAAACAAGAACGGAAGAGGGAGUCACUCCAAAGGAAAAUGAGGUUCAAGACUUUUCUGAAGCAAGAGUUUUAUCUAAUACAUCAAACUCUUUAACUAAGCCUUUAAAGUACAACCCACGCGUGCCUUGUCCAAAUCCUCUUAACCAGAUUCAUCCAGAUCCUUCCAACCCACCCCCACCAUCAGAUUUGCCGCCCAUUAAAUCCGGACCGUCCAAUUCCCUUGGAUCCUUGUCCAAGACCCUUUCUCACGCAAACGUGGCCCCACCCUAUUCUCUUUCACCGUUUCCCAAACAGACACACCCAUGUGCAUCCAGCUGUAUUCCACCUUUUCCAUUAAUUGCUACACUGCCCAAGAAUUUAUCCCAACCACUCUCUUCUGCUUCCCCUCGCACGCUCCCACUUUUCCCUCCGUCGGAUCCCCAACGUCUUAAUCCUUUGUCCUCUCCAUCCGACACGCGUCUUCCCUUUUCAAAUCCCACACCACAGCUGGAUCCCAUUAUCCAAAACUCCUCUUUGACUACUAGCCCCAUUUCCCUUACCAAAAGUUUCCCCAGACCAAAUUCCGCUGGGCCUUCCAUUGGGCCGGAUUUGCCUCUCAAUUUGUCUAACCUUGAGGACAAGGUUCUCCCUGGGAUGGAUAGUAGUGAUAGGCCCACCAGAAUUAAGAAGAAACCCAUAUGGCAGCAGAAUUAUAUUAUGAAUUAA